GCUGUUCACUCCGCUGUGGUUUCAUUCACCAUCUGCCCCCGGGAGCGUGUCGUUACCUCAGCUGACACACAGGACUUCAUUUCUACCUCAUUUGAAGGUUGUUGUUUAUUUUUUUUUAAUUUGGCUGUUUGGUUGUAUCAGACUGGACGUGUGACACUUGUAAUCAAAAGUGAAAUCCACAAAAAAAAAAAAAAAAAAAAAAAUACACAGAAGAAGACAUGGACGAGUCAAAGGGCUUCUCGUCAGACCGAAACAUCCUCUGCCUGUUUGAUGUUGAUGGCACUCUCACACCCCCACGAGAGAAAAUCGACCCGCAGCUGGACGAGUUCUUCCAGACUCUGCGGAGGAAAGUGAAGAUCGGCAUUGUGGGAGGGUCGGACUACUCUAAGAUAGCAGAGCAGCUCGGGGAGGGAGAUGAUGUGAUACACAAGUUCGACUACGUGUUUGCUGAGAAUGGCACGGUGCAAUACAAAGACGGGAAACUCCUCUCAAAACAUGCCAUUCAGAACCAGAUAGGUGAGGAGCUGCUGCAGGACCUCAUCAACUUCUGCCUCAGCUACAUGGGGCUCAUCAAGCUGCCCAAGAAAAGGGGAACAUUCAUCGAGUUCCGCAACGGAAUGCUGAACAUUUCUCCCAUUGGCCGGAGCUGCACGCCGGAGGAGCGAAUCGAAUUCUCGGAGAUAGACAAGAGAGAGAGGAUCAGGGAGAAAUUCGUAGCUGCCCUGCAACAGGAAUUUGCUGGGAAGGGACUGCGGUUCACUAAAGGUGGGCUCAUCAGCUUCGACAUAUUCCCAGAGGGCUGGGACAAGAGACUGUGUCUGGAAGUGCUGGAGGGGGAAGGCUUGGACGCCAUCUACUUCUUUGGCAACGAGACCUCGUCUGGGGGAAACGACUAUGAAAUUUUCAAUGACCCGCGGACCAUCGGCUUCACCGUCAGCUCUCCAGAGAACACGGCCGGGCUCUGUCGAGAGCUGUUCUUCGACACUCCGCCCAACGAGUCCUGAUGCCCCGGGCCGGGUGGCUGCGCCCCUCCGCCUCCCCCGCCUGCUGCUCCCUCUGAGCUCCCACCUGUGGUCACAGCAGGUACUGCAACAAACGCCCACUCCUCAGCCGGAGGAGCAGCAGCAGGGCAGAGGAGCGGAGGCUGUUUAUGAACUGUUGAAAGAUCUCACUACUGAUCCCCUCCCAGCUAAUAUACUCAGUGUCAGUGUUAUUAUGAUUGUUGUAAACGGGAACGAGCCGCCGCCGGACCGCUGCGGUGCCGCAUUUGGCUCGGUGCCAGGGAAUGCACUAUGAGAUGGGAUCCAUGCAAAGCCACUUAUUACUGAACAGAUAGAUCCCAUCGCUUUUUAAAGGGACAGCAACCGGGGAAAACGUUAAGAAAUGUGCUAAUGUGCUAAGUGUCUCUCACUAGAACUGAGAUUUCUAAUACAUGUGCCAGAAAUGUUUGGCUUUCUGUCAGACCUCUAUGUUUUGUAGCAUGUUGAAAUAUGUGUAUAUAACAUGAAAUUAAGAAAUUCUGCAAUUUUUAAAGGUAAUCCAGCAGAUUACCCUGAGUAUAAAAUGAUGUGUUUGUUUUUGUUUUGCACUUAAGAGUGCACGGUUAUAUACCAAAAGCUGGUACAGUCUGGUGAUGAAUACUGCUAAAGGAGAGGAAUCAGAGGACUAAAGACAGACUGAUGUCAAUGAAAAAUCAGAUGAACCAUUUGCUUGUUGCUUUGUGUCCACUUUGAAAAUGAGAUUUAUGAAAUCUAAGGGAAGAUCUUGGCUUUUCCUUCUAUGAAGUUGAUGACCUAUGAAUCAUUCCAACUCUUUUAAUUUCUCUACACCACUCAGAACUUGAUUCAUGUGCAGGGUUAUAUUUGUUUUUUUUUUUUUAAUGGUUUACAGUAUGAUCCCCUAGAAUGAUAAUGUCUGAAGUUGAUUGCUGCUAGAAAUUAAAGAAGAGUCUAGCUGCUUGUUUUGCUUCUGCAAGUGCACGCCUGAAAAAAAUACCUGAGAGCGCAGACAGUGCAUUGAAGUGCACCUUCUUUACCGAUUGAAUGAUUUAUCUGAACGGAUGAAUGAUGUUAUUGUGACCGAGUCACUUUGCAAACUGUUGACAGGCAGCAUACCAACUUCUUUGUGUAAGAAUGUUUUUAGGAGCCACAUCGCGGCCACAUGCAGUGAAGUGGUGACCCCAGGGUUUGGUUUGUGGCUUUAAACCACAACCAUCGCUUCUUAGACAAAUUAACAAUCUAAUUAACACUUUCCAUUUCUUUUGAGGCUUUUAGAUAAAUAAAAAAUAUGAAGCCCAGCUGCUGUGUCGAUACAAGUUAUGUCACGUCUUCUCAUAACCUUGUGUUGUGGUACAGAGGAAUCGAUGCUCCCUUGUCUAGAUUACUGCUACAAAAGAUUGGUUAGCAGGCCGCCACAAGGCAGACACAUCAGCUGCAACAUAUGUGAAACUAUUUGACACUCCAUAAGCACCAUAAGCUACAAAAAAAUGUGCAUCUACAUGUACAGUAGAAAAGGCUCCAUUUCAAUAAUGUCACUGAUGAUGAUUGUGAGAAUAAUCAUGUUUUUGUUUUGUUUGUUUGAGUCAUGUAUGCAUUAAAUAGAUGGAUUGUGUGUCUGUUCAUUGUAGUAAAUCUUUUUUGACUAAAACUUUCUGGUGUC